AUGUCGAUAUCAGCCCUCAGGAAAGUCAUAUCGACCCCCUAUGACUUCUCAGACAUCAUCCCGCGCGUGAAUCUGUUCUUCACGUUACUGGGCGAUAUGAUACGCGAUUACCUAGGAGACGCAUUCUACGCGGAGUGCGAAGGCUUCAUCGCGGAGGAGAAGUCCAACAUCAUCGCCAAAGUCGCUCUGGUCCAGCAGAAACAUCACGGCGCGAUGACUCAGGUUGAGCUUUUCCGUCGCAAACUGGAUGAAGUUGAGGGGGAGGUGAAUCUGCUUCAGGCGGAGAGGACUUUCACGGAGGAUCAAGUUGCCGCGUUGACGGUGAGAUUAGAAGAUCUGCUCGAGCAGAACGACCCGAAGCUUCGACACGUCACCCAUGCCAUCGCGGAAUGUGCGGCGGAGUAUGGAGAGCUCGACGAGCGCAUAAAGGAGUCACAGGAUUCGGGGUCUGCCGCUUUACAGAGCUUCAACGACCAUAUGCAAUCGAUCAAUGGCGAUGUCGAGGAGUUAGAAGACUCCGAGAAGGCCUUGACCAGGACAGUCGCAGCGUCCUUCGAAAGCAUUGCCCGACGGUUUGAAGAACUGAUGCGCCGCGUCGCGGCGGUGCAGUGA